UUUUGCAUUAAACUUCAGUACUAAAUUUAUAUUUGACCAAGCUGACAACCCCAGUUGCAAUCAGCUGUUUCUUAGACCCCGCUAAAAGUGCUUACAAACAAUUGUGAAACUAAAGUAUUUUCAAAAAUGUCAACAUUUGUGGUUAAAUUAUUUCAGCGUUUCCAGCUGUCACACAGUCAAACUGACACUAAACAUUUCAUUUAUGUCCGGACGAAUUGGAAGGACGAUGAGGCGGAGUUUGACUUUCUGUCCACUUCUGAUAAUCAAAAUUACCGCGGAUAUCUUAAAUACGAGGAACUAAAAAAUGCAGCCAGUGAAUUGGAGCAAUCCUAUGAUGACUUCUUUGCGGAAUGCAAAAACGCCAUGACCACGCAUAUGGGACUUCAAGGAUUCGACUAUGAACUUUCACUGGAGAAAAGUGAGCGACCUGCCUUUAAAAUGUACAAAUGCAAAGGAUAUGAGACACUGUAUCUCGAAGUUCCAUUGAAGAAAGUGUCAAAUUGUUAUCAGUUAAUCGAUGCAGCCCUCGAAUCUGGUCAACAAAAGACUCAAACAGGUCCAACCCAUGAAUCUGAUGUCCGGAAAACAUCUUUUGCUGAAUAUGAAAAUUAUGUGAAGGACUCAAAGUUAAAAGAGGAGCAACUGCUUAAGAAAUUCCAAAUGCUGAUAAACAGCAAGAAGGCGUAUAUCAGGGAUUUAGAAAUUCAGUUGGAAGAGCUAUCAAAAAAUAACUCAAAAGGGCAAAGAAAUCGAAGGAUUUCAUCUGAUGAAGAGGAAGAAGUGUAUGGAGCAUCUACUCAGGUUAUGAAUAUAAAUUAUGACUCCGAUUAAGACGCUAAGUAUUAUAAAAAAAAAACACAUAAAUAUCCGGUACGUGCUUGAAAUGUAUUUCAUUUUUGUUUUAAUUUUUUCUUUUCCAUCGUUUGAUUUAUAAAAUAAAUUAGCUUUAUAAUGUAUGUAUAUAUGUAUAAAUAAACAACAAAUAGACUUGUAACGUAAUACAUUAAA